CGGGCGAACAUCUACCUAAAUCUAUCCAAGGUGUCUCCCGAACUAGCUAGGCUCUCUCGUCUCGCGGCGUUGCUGCCAGCCCGGGCCCGACCCAUCUACCACCGACGCUUUUCCGGGGGUUCGCGACCGAUCUUCAGCAUGCCGUGGCGCAGCUCGGGCCGCUCGAACGCGGAGCUGGUCGAGAACCUGUGGCGCAACGAGCUGAUCACGAGCCCGCGCGUCAAGGAAGCCUUCCUGAGCGUCGACCGCGCGCACUACGCGCCCGCGGAUCCGUACGCCGACAGCCCGCAGCCGAUCGGGCACAAGGCGACCAUCAGCGCGCCGCACAUGCACGCGCAGGCGGUCGAGACGCUCCUGCCGUUCGUGCUGCCGGUCGGCGGCGGCGGCGCAGCGGGGGCGGGGGGGGCGCCGGGGAAGACGAUCGGGCUGGCGGGGCGGCCGCGGCGCGUGCUCGACAUCGGCAGCGGCAGCGGGUACCUGACGCACGUGCUGGCGGAGCUCGCGGGCGCGGACGGCGUCGUCGUCGGGCUCGAGCACAUCCCCGCGCUCAAGGAGCUCGGCGAGCGCAACAUGGCCAAGAGCGCCGAGGGCCGCCGGCUGCUGGCGAGCGGCCGCGCGCGGUUCCGCGUCGGCGACGGCCGCAGGGGCUGGUCGGAGCCGAAGCCGGCCGCGGACAUCCCGGGCGUCGGCGGCCCCGCGGCGGCGAGCGCGGCCGAGUCGAGGCAGAUGCGCGGCGACGCUGCUGCUGCUGCUGCUGCUGCUGCCGCGGCGGGAGCAGGGGCCACGGCCGAGGACGAGGGCGGCUGGGACGCCAUCCACGUCGGCGCCGCCGCGGCGGAGCUCCACGACGAGCUCGUGCGCCAGCUGCGCAGCCCCGGCCGCAUGUUCAUCCCCGUCGCCGAGGACAACGGCUGGGAGCAGUACAUCUGGACCGUGGACAAGGACGAGGACGGCAAGGUCCGCAGGCAGCGCCUCUACGGCGUGCGGUACGUGCCGCUGACGGACGCGCCGGCAGCGGGGAAGGCGGAGUAG